CAAACCCGUCGGGUCCUUUGCGAUUCCGGGUCCGAGAUCACCAAGAGUUAGCGCCGGAGUUAAACCUUUAAACUUUCAGCAAGCAAAUUGAAGAAACUCAACAAGUAACAGUAUAUAUUCAUCAGAAAUUCCAGAAACUCACAAAUGAAUAAUAAUCAAGCAUGACAAACAAGAAUCAAUUAGUACAAGGAGGGAUCUCCCUCAUACGAUCACAACUCAAUCGUCUUCAUCUCCUUCAAUCCCGCCAUUACUUCUCUCAAUUUUCUCUGUCUUCCUCUCCAAUACCUUCUUCAAACCCAUCACUCAAAACCCCAUUUUCUCCCUUCUCUCACACACCCUCGUUGUACAGAAACUCAAUUGAAGAAGACCCAAAUCGAGGCUCAGAAACCCCGCCGAAGCUUCUGGUGGUUCAGCCACGUGUUCGACAAAAUGCCAAUCUACAGGCUAAGCUCAACGAGGCACUUAACCUAGCUAAUUCACUCGAUGAACAAAGAGAUGGUUGCUUUUCUACUGAUUUGAGUCUGAAAAAAUCGCCCCCUCAUGUUGUUGUUCAGAACCCACUUUCUAGUUACGGCAAGGGCCGCUCAGAUACGUACUUUGGACCGGGGACGGUGGAAAACAUUAAGUGCCACAUACAUGCCAUUGAAUCGCAGCAAGGUGAAAUGGAUGCUGUAUUUGUCAAUGCAAUACUUUCUGCUAUUCAGCAGAGGAAUCUGGAAAGGGUUUGGGAUAAACCUGUUUUAGAUCGUGUGGGCCUUAUCAUAGAGAUUUUCAAUGCUCAUGCAUACACCAAGGAAGCGAAACUCCAGGCAGAGUUAGCAGCUAUAAUGUAUAAGAAGAGUCGGCUUGUUCGAGUACGGGCUUCCGAUGGUCGUUACACUUUUGGAACAAAGGGAGAAGCUGAAGUUGUGAGUGCUCGAGGGAGAGGAAGUGGUGGUCGUGGUUUUAUUAGUGGUGCUGGAGAAACAGAGCUUGAGCUUCAACGUCGAAGAAUCUCAGAAAGAAGAAAGCGCCUGCUGGCUGAAAUUGAAGAAGUUCGUAAAACACGUGCUGUACAGCGUGCAGGUCGGAAAAAGCAAGGAGUUUUAGAUGCUCCAGGGUUUGCCACUAUCGCUGUUGUUGGUUACACUAAUGCUGGGAAGUCUACAUUAGUUAGUGCACUCUCAGACAGUGAUCUGUAUAGCGACGAUAGAUUGUUUGCCACAGUCGACCCAAGAGUCAGAGGCGUUACUCUUCCAUCCGGGAGGAAGGUCCUACUUAGUGAUACAGUGGGAUUUAUAUCUGAUUUGCCAGUGCAAUUAAUUGAAGCAUUUCAUGCUACCUUGGAAGAAGUUGUAGAAGCAGAUCUGCUUGUGCAUGUACUGGAUUCCAGUGCAUCGAAUCUCGAGGAGCAACGACAAGCUGUAUUAGAUGUCCUCCGUCAAAUAGGUGUUUCAGGGAAAAAGAUUCAAGAUAUGGUUGAGGUUUGGAAUAAGAUUGAUAUCCAAAGAGAUACAGACACAGAAACAGAAACUGGAGUCAGCAAAUUUGAUGAUGACAGUGAUUACAAGUUUGAAGAGGAUGAAGAUGAAGUAGCUGAUGAUGAAGAUGAUCAGAAAUUGGAGUCCUGUAACGGGUCAAAGACGGAGGAAGAAGGCCCGGACUCUCAUCCCGGGCCUGAAAGUCAACACAUUCCACUUGUCAAAACUUCUGCAGUAACAAGGGUAGGAUUGCAGGAACUGCUUGAGCUCAUUGAUGAGAAACUGGUUCAGAUUGACAAAGAGCAACUUUCAUCAAGGAAAGUGCAGGAGAAGGGUGAAUUUGACCGUAAGUGGCGACCUACUCAAGCCGAGAACGUGAGUGUUGCCAUGGAAUAAUUUCGUGGUUUUCUCUCAACCGUACAAGUAAAUUUGCGCGUUAGUUUUAGCGACGCACACUCUGUGCCAUGUUUAUUAUAAGUUUGUAACUAACUGCCAAUGAGGUAAAAAGAUGUUGAAGUUUUUUGCUUUCAUGUGGAAUUUUGUAGUUUCCAAGUAGCCAAAUAAUUUUGUGGGAUACUAGGAUGUUGAACUUCUUUUGCUGAUUUGGAGAGUUAGGCCAUGGAAGUUUAGAGAGGUAGUGGGUAAGUUUAGUUAUGUAGAUACUAGAUAAUGUCAUUUUGGUGGCAUUUCACAUUUUCACCUAAUUUUUUCUGCCUAAAGAAACAGAAAAAAAGUUCCUCAAUUUUACAAUAAACUAUUGUAAGACCAUAUAAUUCAAAAACAUAUUGUGCUUUGGUUUCCCUGAAA